UUUUUUUUUAUUACGAUGAAGGACGGUUUGAACAGCGCCUCGGUUUCUUUGAAAAGUGGCGGUCUUUCGACCGACAAACGUUAUCUUAUCAGCGGCUCUCCACCACCACCACCGGCCAGUCUCGUCCUGCCACUUGCCAGUCGAGACUUGAGACGUUAUACAUGCCUAGUCGUUCCUAGUUUUUCUUUAUUAAAUUCGAUUUUGUUUAAUGUUGAUGAGAUGAAAUUGCCAGAAUACGAGAAGCUUUCCGAGCCCGGCUGCCGUCGUCAUCGGUUUUGCGUCUAUCUCCUAGCGUUCGCCCUCCCCGUCGCCGCACUCCUCGUCCUCGCUUUCAACAAUUUCGCCCUCGUCAAUGUCCACACGGAAAUUUUCCUACUCGUCGACGACCGGGAAGACGCCGGAAUCGGGGAGUUCGAAUGGAGGCCACCCUUCACACCGAUGGAGAUCCUUGGCAAGAUUCGAUUAGACAGAAAUGGCUCUGAAGAAAAUCUGCCACCGCCCCCUGCUGCGUCCUCGGCCGCCUGUUUGUCCGGCUCAUCAGUCAAAGUCGACUGCCUUCCACGCGGCAAGGUGAGCAAGGAGUCGUGUGACGCCCUCGGCUGCUGCUACGCUAAGUCGGCCGGGCUGGAGCCUUCCUGCUUCUACCCGUCUGGCUAUUCGAGUUACAUCGUCAAGGCCGUCGAGAACCGGGGCAAUAAAAUAGACAUCAAGUUUGUUGCCAAGUUCAAGUCACCAUACCCAGCCACCGUUGGCAAUCUCUCUGCAUAUUUUUAUUUCUUGGCCAACAAUUCUGUCGUUUUUAGGUUGGGCGAAGCACAAUUGGAUUUUGAUGAAAUGGAGUUCAGCCAGGUGACGCCAGAAACCGCUCUAUACGCGGUCAACGUCUCAGUCAAUGCAACAGGAUUUCAGAUCAUAAGGAAAAGCAACAAAGCAGUAUUGUUUGACAUGAACAUCGGAGCACUUUUGGCCGCAGAGCAGUAUUUACAGUUCUCGACUCGCCUCCCAUCGCUGUACCUCUACGGCCUGGGUGACAGCGUCGAUGACUUCCCCUUAAAUUUAAAAUAUAAGACGAAAACCUUCUUCACACAUGACACAGUACCUUCGCAGAAAAAUGGUUAUUCAUACUUACCGGCUUACCUGUGUGUAGAGAAUGACGGAAAAGCCCAUCAUGUCAUCAUAAACACAAUAACCGCAUCAGACUUUACACUUCAACCUGGUGUGCUGACGGUACGCACGAUACAAAGCGCUAAUGUCCAGGUGUACAUAACGCUCGGUGAUUCGCCGUUGGACGCGGUUACGUCGGCACAGGCCAACUAUAAUAUCCCACCUUAUAUGCCUCCAUAUUGGUCGCUCGGCUUCCACCUGUCCAGGCUCGGCUACAAGAAUAUUUCACAUGCCGUCAGCAUACUGACAGCGUUGCGAGUCAACAAGAUUCCCAUUGAUACCCAAUGGUUUGACAUCGAUUACAUGGACAACCACAACGACUUCACAAUCGGAAAAAAUUUCAAAGAAAUGCCCAACGCCGUCAAAUAUCUACACAGCCAAAACAUGAGAGCAGUCCUGAUCCUCGAUCCAGGGGUGAGCGCAAGCGAGCCGAGAGGCUCUUACCCGCCGUACGAUGCUGGCUUGAAACAAGAUGUAUUCAUCAAGGACUACACAGGAAAGAAACCGUUAAUUGGAAAAGUCUGGAACAGAAAUUCAACAGUUUUCGUUGACUUCUAUGCCAAAAACGUGUUGAAAUAUUGGACCAAUAUGCUGAAGGAUCUUCACGACAAGGUGCCGUUCGACGGGAUAUGGAUUGACAUGAAUGAGCCAAGCAACUUUGUCAACGGCAGCGUCCAUGGCUGCCUGGGGGAUUCGAGGCUCGAGAACCCGCCUUACGUGCCAAACGUAGAUGGUGGAUCCCUCAGGUACCGAACGAUAUGCAUGUCAGCCCGACACUCCCCAAACUUACCGCAUUACUUGCUCCACAACUUAUACGGUGCGGCGGAGCUCGAAGUGACAAAACAAGCACUUACUUAUAUUUUGAAAAAGCGUCCUUUCGUCAUAUCGAGGUCGGCAAAUCUCUACUCAAUAGGCCAUUGGACUGGCGACGUCUAUUCGUCUUGGGAAGCCAUGGCGCAGUCGGUGAAAGACCUUCUGAACUACAGCAUAUUUGGCAUAUCGAUGGUUGGCGCAGACAUAUGUGGUUUUAAUGGGAAUACGACAAAAGAGUUAUGCAGACGUUGGUCCCAACUCGGUGCAUUCUACCCUUUUUCAAGAAAUCACAAUACUGACAAUGGGAUUCCGCAAGAUCCCGUAUCGAUGGGUAUUGAAGCGUCGACGAGGGAAGCUUUGAUGCUGCGUUAUUCCCUCCUUCCUUACCUGUACACCCUGUUCUGGGAAAAGUCGUUAUUCAGUUUGCCCGUAGUCAGGCCAACUUUCUUCCUCUUUCCACACGUCAAGGAGACUUACAACAUCAGCAAUCAAUUCCUCCUGGGUGAAUCACUUCUCGUAGUUCCCGUACUGCAGCCAUCUUUUACUUAUGUCAAGGCAUACCUGGGCGAUAAGGUCUGGUACGACUUGAGAACCAACAUGCUCUUGAAAAGCAAGAAUGUGACCAUCCUCGCCGCGCCUGAGGACACUAUACCCAUCCUACUCUUAGGCGGGCGUGUCCUUCCCAUGCAAAAGCCCAGUGUUACAACUUACCAAACGAGGAUGAAUGAUAUGUUUUUAAAAGUCGCCUUGAACAAGGAACAACAAGCGGUCGGAAAUAUUUACCUCGAUGACGGAGAAAGCCUAAAUCCUGUGUUCAGCACAGUUGGUUGGUACGCGUAUGCAGACAGGCUCGAAAGCAAAGUUGAGUUCUCAGAUUACAAGACGGACGUGAGGGUUAAGCGUAUUGAGGUGUUUUCGCUAACGAAAGUGGACAACGUCACUGUAGACGGGAGGAAAUGCGAUUUCACCUACAAUCAGACUUCAAACGUGCUCUACGUUGAUGUUGACGUUCCUGUCGUCUCAGAUUACACUGUGAUGUGGAAAUAAUUAUGAUUAUAAUAGAACAAGAA